AUGGAAACGAUGGAGAACAAAUCUAUUCUAGAAGAACUUCUGAUAAAAAAAUCUCAGCAGAAGAAAAAAAUAUCCCCAAAUAAUUACAAAGAACGGCUCUUUGUUCUGACAAAAACAAGCCUUUCUUACUAUGAAUAUGACAAAGAGAAAAAAGGACACAGAAAAGGGUUGAUUGACAUUAAGAAAAUUCGAUGUGCUGAGACAGUGAAUGUUGAGGAGCACACUCCUCCUGAAAGGCAACAUCCCUUCCAGAUUGUGUACAAAGGUGGUCUACUGUAUGUUUUCACUGCAGAUGAAGAGAGUCGAAUACGAUGGUUGGAAGCACUGCAUAAAGAGAUUAAGGACAACACAGAGUUGCUAAACAAGUAUCACAAAGGAUUCUUUUCUAGUGGGAAGUUCCUCUGCUGUAAUCAGACUUGCAAAGCAGCUCCUGGAUGCACAGUAUGGGAGAAAUACUCCAGUCCACAUGGUGCAAGCAGUGCAGUGAAGCCACUCCCUUCCAUACCAGGAGAACUGAAGAGGGAGAAGUCAUUUUUGAAAGAAGCUUUGGCUGUGUACAAUUAUGAACCGAAAGGAAACUCUGAUGUUCAUCUUGUCAGAAAGAAAAAAUAUUACGUUCUAAAAGAUGAGGAUCCUGACUGGUGGAAAGUGAGGGAUCUGGAAGGAAAUGAAGGCUUUGUUCCCCGUGCCUAUCUGAAGGAGAUACACCAUACCACUGGUGAAUCAGGAGAGAGCUCUAAUGCAGCUAACGUGACAUCUGAAGAAGAGGAGAACAUUACUAAAUAUGAUUGGUAUGUUGGUAGUAUCUCAAGGGCCCAGGUGGGACAACUGCUACGGCAGAAGGGUAAAGAAGGUGCUUUCAUGGUUCGGAAUUCCAGUCAUGUGGGGAAAUACACUGUAUCAGUGCUCAGCAUGACCGGUAGAGAUAAAAAAGGAACAGUUAAACAUUAUCAUGUCCAUGUAAACAGUGCAAACCAGUUUUACCUGGCUGAGAAUUAUUGUUUCAGUUCUGUUCCUAAGCUUAUUCACUAUCAUCAACACAAUUCAGCAGGUAUGGUUACAAGGCUUCGUCAUGCAGUGUCUACGAAAGCAAACAAAGUUCCAUCCACAGCACAUUUGGGAAAUGGACCCUGGGAGCUAAAGCGUGAAGAAAUUGCUUUGCUGAAAGAAAUAGGGAGUGGUCAGUUUGGAGUGGUCCAGAUGGGAAAGUGGAAAGGGAAAUAUGAUGUUGCUGUUAAAAUGAUCAAGGAAGGAUCAAUGUCUGAAGAUGAAUUCAUAGAAGAAGCUGAAACCAUGAUGAGGCUAAAUCACCCAAAACUUGUUAAAUUGUAUGGCGUAUGCACAAAGGCAUAUCCUAUCUAUCUAGUGGCAGAAUACAUGGUGAAUGGCUGCUUACUUAGCUACUUAAAAGGCCACGGGAAAGAACUGCACCCCUUUCAGCUGGUGGAAAUGUGCUUUCAUGUCUGUGAAGCAAUGGCUUUCCUCGAAAGUCAUCAGUUCAUACACCGAGAUUUGGCUGCUAGGAAUUGCCUGGUUGACGCAGACCUAACAAUAAAGGUGUCUGAUUUUGGAAUGACAAGAUAUGUGCUGGAUGACCUGUAUGUCAGUUCCUUAGGAACUAAAUUUCCAGUGAAGUGGGCAGCACCAGAGGUUUUUCACUAUGCCAAGUUCAGCAGCAAAUCUGAUGUGUGGGCUUUUGGAAUUUUAAUGUGGGAGGUGUUCACUUUGGGAAAACAACCCUACAACUUGUAUCAUAACGCUCAAGUGAUCGAGAAGGUUUCCCAUGGUUACCGCCUCUAUCGUCCACAGUUGGCUUCUGAGGAAAUCUAUCAAAUUAUGUACAGCUGCUGGCAUGAGGUACCUGAAAACCGUCCCACAUUUCAUCAUCUGCUUUCAUGCUUGGAGCCACACAGAGAAGAUGACAAGCCUUGAAGUACUAGAGAGCUCUUGUUUUAUCAACGCCUCUAAAAUCUGGCUUAGAAACUGUUGCCAAAUGUGUGAUUGAAGCAGUGAACAAAAUGUAAACAGUUAGUACAACAGUGGGGGCAAAAUGCUAUUUCAGUUUUAGUCAUAUAGAAAUUUCUUAUCAUCUAAUCUUUUUGAUGAAAUAAAUUCUGGCUCUUUGUGUUCCCUCUGUUGCUUUAAAAGCACUGAGAUUCUUAGUGGAAAUAUGAAGCAACAAGUGGUAUUAUUACACAGCAAAAAUAGCUAGGGCUGAAAUGUUUAAUUAAUUAGAUGAAUUAAAAACUUUUAAUUGACUAAAACAGUCCCUCAUUUAAUUUAUUUUUUAAAAACCCCAUUGAGUGACAGGUUUAUCUACACUUUUAAAAUAAAAUCCUAAUAAAACCUCCAGAUACUGUAUCAAGCACCACCUUAAAAAAGGGUUUCCUCCUUUUCUUAUACAAAUGAAAUAAUAACUCUUUGCAGAUGAUACUGAGUACAAUUCAUGCAUGUGUCCUGUAAAAGCAAAGGAAUUUCUUCAGAACUAUUAUUUUUGCCCAUAUGAAAAUUUAAACAAACAUAAUUGUUACUAAACUCAUAUUCAUAAUCAUCUAAAUUUGUUUUUUUUAAAAAAAUGGGUUACAGACCUACAAAUUACACAUUCAUUUGUAACUCCACAGUUACUCAUUAUGUUAUUGCAACAGGACAAUCUUCUGUCGUUUGUCAGACCUUAAGCAGAGAUAUAGGCUAGGAGAUUUUCUCUUCCUUCCAUUUUCCAUGGACAUUUUUCCAUUUCUAAUGUUUCACUGGCUGACAUCCAGACUAUUAUUGCCCAUGCGCCCCAGUGUGUGUUCAGUGGGGCAAGGGGUAAUUUUUGCCUAUUUUCCUUCCCUCUAAGCCUACUGUGCAUGAGGGAUGUGCACAAACAGCUUGUGUAGGCACUGGUGGGGCAGGGAACGGUUCCCUGAAGAAGCAGGUAAACAGGUCCUUACCUGCUCUGCUGCUGCAUUGCCGUUUUUCUGGGCUCUACCAAAGGCCAUGUGCGGUUGGGGGACCGCUCCCUGCAGGCUGCACACAACAUUGGCAUGCACAGCUUGCAGGAAACGCCACAACCGCAUGUGGCCUUUGGCAGAGUGAGCACUGUGCCCAGAAAAGCAGCAUGGUGUCACCUUACCUGCUUCUUACCUGCUUACCUGCAUCGCCAGAGCAGCAGAGGCGGAUUAACGUAGUAGCAAAUGUAGCAUUUGCUAUGGAUCCCGUGUUUUCUAGGGCCCCGCACACCUGGCUUCCAACUGGGAAUUAAAGUUAAAACUUUGCCUGUUUUAUUUGGUCCCUGUUAGAUAAAAUAUCCCUUUUCUGCUAAAUGGCCCUAUCCACCCCUAGCACAGUACUUCCAGUGACUGUUGCUGGUGUCUAUCUUAUGUUUCUUUUUAGAUUGUGAGCCCUUUGGGGACAGGAAGCCAUCUUAUUUAUUUAUUUAUUUCUCUGUGUAAACUGCUCUGAGCCAUUUUUGGGAGGGCGGUAUAGAAAUCAAACAAAUAAAUAAACAAACAAAUAAUAAAUAAAUGUGCUUUUUAAGAGAAGGCCCAGCACAGCAACUGUCUAGUGGCUGUUGCUGGUGCCUACCACACUUUUCUUUUUAGAGUGUGAGCCCUUUGGAGACAGAGAAUCAUCUAUUCCCUCUUUAUUUUUCUGUGUAAACCACCUUGAAAAUUUUGAUUGAAAAACGGUAUAUAAAUGUUCACUGUUGUUGUAGUAAGUAUGAGUUUGUGGCUUGGUCUUGGUCUUGGUUUUGUGGCUUGGUCUCUCAUACUCCAAAAUAUAGCAAAUUAAAAAAAAUGAAUGACUUUACUAUGCAAGUAAAUAAUUUAUGUUUUAAUAUUUAUGUGCAUUUUUUAAAAUUCAGGGCCCCUUUAUAACAUAUGCUACAGGCCCCGCACUAGCUUAAUCCGGCCCUGCAGAGCAGGUAAGGACCUGCUUACCCAUCCUGCUGAAUCAGUUCAGCUACGGAUGCUUGAGCCGAUUCGGCACUUCCCAAGGAGGCGCUGAACCAGUUCGUGCACAUCCCUACUGUUCAUCAGCAAAAUAUGUCCCUAGGGGGCUCAUGAACCUCAGGGACAUACUUCGGCAAUGCGCAGUGGGCUUCAGAGGGAAGAGAAGAUUGGAAAAAAUCUCUUGUUCUCCCACUGAAGUGAAAUCGCAGCGGUAAUCUGGAAUUCUCACUGCAGCAUGUGUGCUAUGCUAGUCCAUAUGUCCAGCGUUGUUUCAUAAAAUUCAUUAGUGACAAUGGAUGGAUAGCAAUGCAAUAUUAUGCACUUCAGCAAUUUGAAAGUUGUAAUUAAAUUUUUUGAGGUGAUUAUACUUAGAAUGUGAGAGGGUACAUUUGUUUUACUAAUUUAUUGAGUAUUCCAAUGAAUUGUUUCUACAUAAAUCUUUGGAAUUGUUUCAGAAUAAACAAUUAAACCACAUAAAGUGAUUUUAUUGAUUUUCCUACCCACCACCCCCCUCCAUCAAAUAUUUCAGUUCAACUACCUGGCUAUUUGAGAAACUUGAUACACAGUGUAGGAAAUUAAUAUGGUGGAGGUGUGUGUUUUUUUACUGGU